GCGGUCUCAUGACUCACGUGGCCAGGCCAGCCCCAACGAGUACAGGUUUGUUCCACCGCUACACCUUUAUAUCUCGUGAUUCCGUCCACGUCCGUGUCUAUCUUCUCCUGCGCCAUUUCCUAUAAUACAGGCUCACAGCUGGCACUCCUUUGACCUCAUCACAGCACGUCCCUCGACAUUUCACAUUGACCACAACUCUCAUCAUGGCACAUCGACAUAGGCACAACCGCAGGCGGGUUCGCCCUCGAAAUCGCAACGUCACCAUGAACUACCAAACCUUCACAGCCCUACAACCACCAUCUCCUCAUUCUCAUACCUCGUCAACAUCAAGUAUAUCUGUUGCUUCAUGGCAGACAACACCACUUCAUAUGACCAUGACAUCUUUACCGAGCGGAUCAAUCUCUUACAACCCACAACCUCCCACCUACCUGAGUCGCAGCCCUGGUCCAGCAGGCCGCCCGUAUAACAUCGAGGCUGAACGAAUCAAAAUGUUUGGUGGUGAGCCUGGCGAUGAUAUUGGUCUCUGCUACAAGAUGAUGGAACUUUUCGAAGGAAUGAAUUGGAUUGACACGCUGGAAUAAUCCCCAGGGACAUGAUUACUUUAUAUGGCAUCGGCGUUUUCACUAGGUCGGUUACGGGAAAGGCCAGCGCCUUUGAGCAGAUGGACAAUCAUUGUUUCCAAACCCUGGCAUGGAGCGGAGACGUGUCAAGCCUCGACUUGCAGCAAUGAAGGCAUUCAAACGAAUGACUGGAAUGGUCCAGACAUGCUUGACCCGCUACUAACGGGUGGAAGAUUUUUGUGAAAAGUGGUGGAUGGUGCUCGCCUGUCCUUUGGACCUGAGUGUCUGAGGUGUGCGCUUGAGCUCGGUACUGCUUGAAAGGUCCACUUGGAUUCAACGGUGUAUCAUUUGCUCCAUCCAUGUGUAGUUGGAUAAAUAUCACAACUCUGGUCCUAAAUAAUGGGAUAUUCAAAGAACUUUGAUAUUUGACAUUGGUGCAUAGAGGUGUUACAAGGCUUCGUCAUGCUGUCAGAGCCGAUGGUUGGCAGGUAAUUUCCAUAUAGGUACCUAAAGUUCAGUGAGGUAGGUUCCUAGGUACUGGUUCUACGGGCGAUGUCCGGCGCCUAAGCCGCCCAAUUCAGCCGCCCGAGGCGCCGAGGGGCCUCUCAACCCAAUGACUCUCGGACCACAGCCAAGAUCCUCAUUGAAAGCUUAUGAUAGCUUGAUACAUUUUAAGAAUUCAAUACAAUGUCUAAGUGAA